UGAUUGACAACUCCGACUGUCCCGAAGGCCCCGCCCCCCGACUCAACUGGCCGUGCAGGAGCAACUUAUGCCGUAUUAAUGCGCACACAAUGUCACGAGAGGAGGACCUGUUGCGGAUUGCUAAAAAACUAGACAAGAUGGUGUCUAGAAAUAACAUGGAUGGAGCUCUAGAUCUUCUGAGAGAAUUGAAAAAUUUCAACAUGACACUAAAGCUUCUUCAGGAUACAAGAAUCGGCAUGUCUGUGAACGGAAUAAGGAAACAUUGCACAGAUGAGGAUGUUGUCAACUUGGCAAAGAUUCUUAUCAAAAGCUGGAAGAAGCUUUUAGAAUCAGCUGACAAAAAUCAAAAGUCUGAGAGGACAAAUGAGGUGAAGAAUGGCAAUCAUCCAAGCAAGGCAUCAGGGUCACCCAAUAGGACUUCUCCUGAAAGAGAGUCCAGUCCACGAAGAUCGACAACGGAAAUUAAACCACACUUAGACUCCAACAAGAAACGAGAUGAAAAACACAGAAGAGAGAAACGAGAUGCAGAGCUCAGGAACAGAAAACAAGAAAGUGAUCCGAAAAAAGGGAAACAAUCUAUUAACAAUAAAAAGGAGCUAGAGAGGAAAGAUGCAUUGAACAGUGAUCAUCUUCCCUCCGGAAGGACGCAUUCAUCUCCGCCCAUCAAGUGUCCUCCUCCAUCUAUGGAAGUGAAGAGGGAGAGGAAAGAUGCUCCCGUUGAUUUUUUCCCUCCUGCUUCAAUCAUUUCUCACCCUCCUCUAAGACGCUCAUCAGUAGAUGUAAAGAAAGAGAGAAAAGACACUCUGGUUUCCUUACAAUCUUGUCCUCUUCAGUCUCAUUCUACUAAACGCCCCUUCUCAGAUGGAAAGAAAGAACGGAGAGACACACAUGAACUUUUUCCUCUUCAUAAUCACUCUCAUCCUCCUCUUCCUCCUCCUCCUCCUAUUCCUAUCCCUAAGCGCUCAUCAGAGGUGAAGAAAGAAAGGAGAGAUCCUUCUGAAACUUUACAUCCUCCUGCUUCUAUCCUUUCUCUUCCUCCGCCUGCUCCUCCUCCUCCCAAACAUUCAUCAAUAGAUGAGCACAGAGAAAGGGUAAAGAAAGCAAUUGAUCUGAAUGCCCCUCUUCCUCCUUUACCUUUCCAUCUACAUCCUCCUCAGAAACGAGAGAUGAAGAAAGAAAGAAAAGAAACAGCGGAUCCCAGUUCUCCUCUCCCUCCUGUUCCUCUCCAUCUUCAACCUACACCUACAAAACGUCCUUCGUUAGACACAAAUAAAGACAAAGAGAAAGAAAGAAAAGACACAUCAGACCCGAAGCGACGGAUGUCUGAACACAAUGAGAAAGAUAGACAAAACACAAGAGACAGUAAACCACUUAAAAGACCGUCAAUGAAGCUCAAGAUUGAGAGAAGGGACUCCACGGAUUCCAAAAAGCUCCAUCCUAGAAAGUCGAGCAUGGAAGGACGGAGAGACAGUAAGGACUCUACUGACUCCAAAUCAAGCCAUCACCUUUUGAAACGACAAUCAAGUGAAACUAAAUUGGAGAGGAGAGAUUCUACUAACUCAAGGUCUGGCAACUCACCCCAGGCCAAGAAGUCUAGUGAAAGCAAGAGUAAACCAGAGACCCCAAAGACACCCACAACACCCACAAGCCCUCUCUCUCCGUCGCUUAGCUCCAGUGUGGGUCCUUUAUCUCCUCGUCUGCAAACCGGGGAUUCCAUCAGGGACAAAUGUAUUGAAAUGCUGACCGCCGCACUACGUACAGAUGAUGACUACAAAGACUAUGGGACAAACUGUGAGGGCAUGGCAGCUGAAAUCGAGGAUUAUAUCUACCAGGAGAUAAGAGCCACAGACAUGAAAUACAAGAACAGAGUCCGCAGCCGCAUAAGUAACCUGAAGGAUCCCAAAAAUCCCAAUCUCCGUAAAAAUGUCUUAGCUGGAGCCAUCGAGUUGAGCCGCCUGGCCACCAUGACUGCUGAGGAAAUGGCUAGUGAUGAACUAAAACAGUUGAGGAACGUGUUGACCCAGGAGGCUAUCCGAGAACAUCAGAUGGCAAAGACUGGAGGAACCUCGACUGACAUGCUGCAGUGUGGCAAGUGCAGGAAGAAAAACUGCACCUACAACCAGGUGCAAACUCGGAGUGCUGAUGAACCAAUGACCACCUUUGUGCUGUGCAAUGAAUGUGGUAAUCGCUGGAAGUUCUGCUAACUUGAAGCCAGGAGUCCAACAACAUUGACCAUGUAGCAGUGGCAAGGCCAGAAAUUUAAAAGUGAGCGGACCUUGGUGAAAUAGGGUGGACCAAUCCCUACUCUCAAAUUACAUGAAUUUUAAAAAUAGUUUGACAAUUAAGUUGAGUUAAAUGUGAUUAUAUUUUCAGCCAACAGUUUCAUGAGAAUAACAAAAUCAACUAUCCUGUGAACGUAAUAGGGACAGUAAACGAAGAUAAAUAAUCAUAGACAUAGUAUGUGUAAGGCUGAGCAAGGCUUACCCUUCCCCUGGCCGAGGGAAUUUUCUCUCUCAAAUCACUGACUUCUGCUGCUUCUCAUUGCUUUUAGAGGGAAAACUGCCCAUAACUGGUGGUCUACGAUCGGUUUUCUCUGUAAUAAUAGCAUAUUGGUAAUUUGGCAAAUGAUACAGUGCAUAUCUGUGUUUGUGCUCUGGAGAGUGUCGAAGGUUUCUAUUUACAAUGUGUUUUUUUUUUACAUCGUUGAGUAAUGCAGCCAAUCACAGACAUAUCUGUUGAUUUCUUGAAUGCAAUGGCCAAUCAGAGGUGUUUAGGUUAGAGUCCACUAACCCUGGCCCUUAUGUAGCCUUGCCACUGCCAUGUAGGAUUCCUCAUCUUUUUUUAAUUUGGAAGAGAAAGUAAUAUAAUGGGUUAUUCUACCAGCAAAUGGUCCUGAAUUUAUAAUAUGUAAAUGAAUUCUUUAACUUUUACAGAAGUACACAGAGCAAAGAGUGUAUAUUCAUAAUUAAAGUGAACAUUAAUGACUUGGGAGUCAGAUGACUAAAUCAGAUCAAAUUCUACUCUUUUAUACUGUUUUAUGAAAUGCCAGUGUUAUUUUGUUUUUUUACUUGAUUAUUAAUUGGUUUAUUACACAGAAUCCUAUGGGGUCAGACUUUAAAAAACAAUGUGUUGACAAAUUGAACAUUUAAUUAAUGAAGAGAAUCCUAAACUAUCUCAGAUGUAGCAGCUAUACAGUACAACACAAAAAUGCUUUUUAAAUGGAUCUAAACGUUUUGUUUUAAAUAAUGCAUAAAAUAUUGUA